AUGGCGUACACACUCCAAAGCGAGGCACAGAAGAUAUUCGACAAGAUUGUCUCGGACCCCAGGCUGAACAGUCCAGAUGGAGUCAAGGAGUUUGCAAGCAAGGUAAAAUUUAUAGGGGACGAGACACAACCGUUCUAUCCUACACCGUGGAAAUGUGCCGAGUCGCAGGCAGCGUUGCUCGCAUACGUUGGAAUCUUUGCCGCUGCUAUAUCCAAGGAACGAUACGGGCUAGAUCAGUAUAUCGAGGUUGACGUGUCCCAUGCCCUCUUGACCGGGUUGGCACAAUGCUUCAUCCGGUGCAACGAUAAAUGGAACAGUCUGGCUCCGGAAAUGGACGUAGUCACACGUCGGUGGGAUCACGGCUACACGCGCGAACUCUAUCGCCAGCUUGCAACCAACAUCUACAAGACAAAGGACGGCCGAUGGUAUCAGCUACAUGGGAGCAUGGAUGCGACACCAGUGCUUACCAUGCUCGGCCAGCCGCAGCAUAACGAGAAGAAUCUCUCCUGGAACGAAAUACUGGACAUGUACUCGCAGCUUGUCGAGAGAAUCGACUCAAAGAGUCUCGAUAACUGGAGUAAUAACGUGUACCGUGUGCCAGGCAUAACAGCAUACGGGGAGGACGAAUUCAAAGCUUUGCCUCACGGCCAAGCUAUCAAGGAUGAGCCAUAUUACAGCUGCCUUAAGCAACCUUACUACGAACAGCCAGCAGUGUCCUGGGGUCCACCCAUCGAUGCUUCCGACAAAAAGCCCCUCUCCGGUAUAAAGGUACUAGAACUAGCACGAGCCAUUGCUGCGCCCACCAUCGGAAGAGUCUGUGCUGCUCUCGGUGCUACGGUCAUCCGUGUCAGUUCUUCGGUCAAUAAAGAGUUGCCGAUCACGUUAAUCGACGGCUGUGUCGGCAAAAUUAGCGUGGACAUCAAUCUGAAAACAUUCGAAGGAAGGAAGAAGCUCCUUGAGCUAAUCGAAGAGGCCGACGUCUUCAUCGAUGGAUAUCGGCCGUCGGUCCUCGAGCACUUGGGAUUUGGAAGGGACGCCGUAUUUGGACUGGUCUCGGAGCGUGACCGAGGUAUUGUUUAUUGUCAGGAAAAUUGCUACGGCUGGAAAGGCCCCUGGGUCACACGCCCCGGAUGGGCACAAAUCGCUGACGUUGGCUCCGGCGUCGGAUUAGCCUGCGGACGAUUCCACGGCUACGACGAAGCACACUGUUUUCCAGGACCUAAUGCUGAUUACUUAACUGGCCAUUCCGGGGCCGCGGGUGUUUUACACGCUCUCUACCUAAGGUCCAAGGUUGGCGGAUCGUACCUGGUCCAGUGUUCUCUCCUCGUCUCCGACCUUCACAUGAUAAGCUACGGGAAGUACACGGAAGAGCAGAUCGUGGCCCUAAAGAAACGCAACAAGGAGGUGGUUGGGAAGGUGCGGCAUUAUGACGAAGUUGUCUCGCUGAACGUCAAUGAGUACAUCAUCCGUGGUUUCACGGCAGAUCGACCGUUUGAAAAGGCAUAUAAGAAGGAAUAUUUCCAGCGGCUCGACGGUAGUCCCUGGGGCAUGGGUCCAAUUGACGUUGUCAGACUUGGCCUAUCACUGAGCGACACUAACACUAAAUUUCCCUCUGUAGUGGCGCCUCCGGGGUACCAUCUCCCACGGUGGGAUAUCAAACAAAACCCUGAUUUUGAGCCCAUUGUGGUGGCAAAAAAAUAG